CAUGAAUUUAUUAAUAAGGGGUUACCCAUUUCGGCAUGGUGGAUCGAGAGCGAGAAUGGCCCAGUUUUCUCUCUCCCCUCUCUCCUGUCCCUGUGCACCUCCUCCUCUUCCACUUCGCCGCCCUUUCUUUCUCUCUCCUCACCGAGCCGCCGCCACCGACGCCGUUUGCACGUCCACUUCCUCCUCCGUUUCCAAUUACGCGCCCAAAGUCGUCGUCACCAGAGAGCGCGGCAAGAACGCCAAGCUUAUCGCUGCUCUGGUUAAACAUGAAAUCAAUUGUUUGGAGCUUCCACUCAUUGAGCACACGCGGGGACCUGAUUUAGACAGGCUUCCUUCUGUAUUAGGUGACAAUGCAUUUGAUUGGGUUGUCAUAACUUCUCCUGAGGCAGGUUCAGUCUUUCUAGAGGCAUGGAGAGCUUCCGGGAUGCCUCAUGUCAAAAUAGGUGUUGUUGGGGCUGGUACUGUAAGUAUUUUCAAGGAAGCUUUGCAGUCUUCAAACCAAUCCCUUGACAUUGCCUUCGUGCCAUCAAGAGCAACAGGAAAGGUUUUUGCUACAGAGCUUCCUAAGAUUGGAAAUAAAUGCACUGUUCUGUAUCCUGCUUCUGCAAAGGCUAGCAAUGAGAUUGAGGAAGGACUUUCAAAUCGUGGAUUUGAGGUUACUAGGAUGAAUACAUAUACAACGGUGCCGGUUCAACACGUUGACCAAAUGGUUCUAAAGCUAGCACUUGCUGCCCCUGUUGUUACAGUAGCUUCACCAUCUUCUAUACGUGCCUGGAAGAAUCUUCUUUCAGAUUCAGAGUGGAACAAUUCUGUUGCAUGCAUUGGUGAGACAACUGCUACAAUGGCAAGAAGUUUAGGAUUCGCAAAUGUGUACCACCCAAAACAACCAGGCAUCGAAGGCUGGGUAGAAAGUAUUCUUGAAGCAUUAGGUUCCUAUGAUGAAUUAUUGAGGUAGAUCUCAGCCUUUCGUAGCAACCUGGAGAUGUUUUCAACUGUGUUCUCAUGCUGCAAGGUUAAUAUAAGGAUUUGGCAUCAGUGGAUGGAUAUACUGUCCCUGUUCAGUAGUAUAUUUAAGGACAAAUAACUUCAAUAAGAAGAGUGUAAUGUAUAUUAGGAAAUAAAGUACACUUAUAGUCAUUGAUUAAAAAAAUCAUUAGUUUAGAUUGUAAUUAAUUUCAAAGUUUGUUCAACAUUCACUUGUUUAUUUAAUCACAAAUUCUAACAAUUAAUUUUUAAUUAAUGACUAUAAAUGAACUUUAUCUAGCGCACUCUUUCACUUAAAAACUGGAUCCUUUUAGGAAUACCAGAGAGGCUAUCACGAGAUAGUGGUAAAUAGUUUCCAUCAUGUAAAUAUCAAUGCCAAAUUUUCUUCUAUUACUACAUUGAGCACUCAAUUUGUCGCUAAACACUAUGGAUUUCCUUGAUUUGAAAAAAGGAUUAUUUGCA